UUUUCACCCCUAAUAGUAGCAUUGCGAUUCUAAAUAUUUUUUCUUCGUGAAUAGAAAAAAUUCAUUGUAUCGUUAGAUCAGGUUUGCUAUAGAAAAAUUCGGAACAAAACGUCUACCGCGUUGAAGCCUACUCCCUGUGAACCGAUAUAGGUACACGGUACACCCGAUCAAAAAUGGGUUGAUCGUGACCAUUCUAUUGGAUCAUCGGAAGUUAAUUAGAAUCGUUACCAACAACGACCAAAUAAAGGCUAGUUAAGUUGGUUAAGGUUCCUGUGGUGGAACACCCAGUUCAAAUCUCAGAUCUUUAGUGUUAAAAUUUGUUCCCAUAUGCGCCUAUGCUAUAGGCAUUACGUGCGGUAUGUGUGCGCGCAUUCCGGUGGAUCACUGGAUCUAGUUCUAGUGUGUAAUCAUCAGUAGGAUAAUCACACCAAAAAAUAUUUACGAACUAAUAAAUCACUCUUAUAAACUUGAAUAAAUAUGUUUACAAAUAGAAUUGAAUAAACGUGUUCUCCUUAUUUUGGCUAUAUUUCCUCUGCUUUUGUUUGGUCUGUUCUUUUUAAUUUAAACUACACUCUUUCUUUGAGUGCUACUUUGUAAUAAUUGGUUGUAGCUCGUUCUGAGUAGAGACCGGAAUGUUAUAUUCCAUUAUCUAAAAAAAAAUAAAUCACUUAUAUUUAUAUAUAGUUAGCUAUUGGCACCAUCAUAUAUUCAUAUUUGAAAGAGGGACCCGAAAAGGCAUAGCCGGAGACGACGGCAAUGCAGGAUCACUGCGUUGGUGUUUUACUCCGCAUGGCCCCCGUCGUCCACCCUUUCUUCCUCCUCCCCCUCCUCGUGGCGAUCGCUUCCAUCCCAGGAUCAGUCAAUGCCGCAGCAUCGUCCCAGCAGACCGACGCGCUACUGGCAUGGAAGUCGAGCCUCGCUGACCCGGUCGCGCUGUCCGGCUGGACGCGGGCUUCGCCGGUCUGCACCUGGCGCGGCGUGGGCUGCGACGCCGCCGGCGGCGGCCGCGUCACGAAGCUGCGCCUCCGGGGACUGGGACUCGGCGGCGGCCUCCACACGCUCGAGCUCGACUUCGCCGCGUUCCCGGCGCUCACCGAGCUCGACCUCAACGGGAACAGCUUCGCCGGCGACAUCCCGGCCGGCAUCUCGCAACUGCGCUCCCUUGCCUCGCUCGACCUCGGCGACAACGGGUUCAACGGCUCCAUCCCGCCGCAGAUCGGCCACCUCUCCGGCCUCGUCGACCUCUGCCUCUACAACAACAACCUCGUUGGCGCCAUCCCGCACCAGCUCAGCCGACUCCCCAAGAUUGCCCACUUCGACCUGGGAGCAAACUACCUGACCGACCAGGACUUCGCCAAGUUCUCGCCGAUGCCCACCGUGACAUUCAUGUCGCUCUACGACAACUCCAUCAAUGGUAGCUUCCCGGACUUCAUCCUCAAGAGCGGCAACAUCACCUACCUCGACUUGUCGCAGAAUACUCUGUUCGGGCUGAUGCCGGACACACUGCCGGAGAAGCUCCCGAAUCUGAUGUACCUGAACUUGUCCAACAAUGAAUUCUCUGGCCGGAUUCCGGCGUCGCUCAGGAGGUUAACGAAGCUCCAGGACCUGCUGAUUGCCGCCAACAAUCUCACCGGCGGCGUCCCAGAGUUCCUUGGGUCGAUGUCACAGUUGAGGAUUCUCGAACUUGGUGACAACCAGCUCGGCGGGGCGAUCCCGCCGGUUCUUGGCCAGCUCCAGAUGCUGCAGCGGCUCAAGAUAAAGAACGCUGGGCUUGUUUCAACUCUGCCGCCGGAGCUGGGAAAUCUUAAGAAUCUCACUUUUCUAGAGAUAUCCGUGAACCACCUCUCCGGUGGCUUGCCCCCGGCAUUCGCCGGGAUGUGCGCAAUGCGGGAGUUCGGACUUGAAAUGAACGGGCUCACCGGUGAGAUCCCUUCGGUGUUGUUCACGAGCUGGCCCGAGCUCAUAUCGUUCCAAGUACAGUACAACUUCUUCACUGGCAGGAUUCCAAAAGAGGUCGGCAUGGCGAGGAAACUGAAAAUCCUUUACCUGUUCAGCAACAACCUUUGCGGAUCCAUCCCGGCAGAACUCGGCGAUUUGGAGAAUCUGGAAGAGCUGGAUUUGUCAAACAACUUGCUGACCGGACCGAUCCCUAGAUCAAUCGGCAACCUCAAGCAGCUUACGGCUUUGGCGUUGUUCUUCAACGAUCUCACCGGUGUAAUCCCACCUGAGAUUGGCAACAUGACAGCGUUGCAAAGGUUGGACGUCAACACCAACCGUCUGCAAGGCGAGCUCCCUGCCACCAUCUCGUCCCUCAGGAACCUUCAGUACCUCUCCGUGUUCAACAACUACAUGAGUGGCACCAUCCCGCCGGACCUCGGCAAGGGCAUAGCCUUGCAGCACGUGAGCUUCACCAACAACAGCUUCUCCGGUGAGCUGCCGCGCCACAUCUGCGACGGCUUCGCGCUGGAGCGCUUCACGGCGAACCACAACAACUUCAGCGGCACGCUACCGCCAUGUCUGAAGAACUGCACAAGCCUAUACCGGGUGCGGCUGGACGGGAACCACUUCACCGGCGACAUCUCAGAUGCCUUCGGCAUACACCCCAGCUUGGAAUACUUGGACAUAUCCGGGAGCAAGCUCACCGGUCGGCUAUCGUCUGACUGGGGACAGUGCACCAACCUCACAUAUCUGUCAAUCAACGGUAACAGCAUAUCCGGCAACCUUGAUUCGACCUUUUGUACAUUGUCAUCUCUUCAGUUUUUGGAUCUAUCAAAUAACCGAUUCAAUGGUGAGCUCCCAAGGUGUUGGUGGGAGUUGCAAGCUUUGCUGUUUAUGGACGUCUCUGGCAACGGCUUCUCGGGUGAAUUGCCAGCAUCAAGAAGCCCUGAACUUCCUCUCCAAUCUCUGCAUCUUGCUAACAAUAGUUUCUCUGUAGUUUUCCCAGCCACCAUUCGCAACUGCAGAGCACUUGUUACGCUUGAUAUGUGGAGCAACAAGUUCUUUGGCAAGAUUCCCUCUUGGAUAGGAACUAGUCUUCCUGUCCUAAGAAUUCUUCUCCUCCGAUCAAAUAAUUUCAGUGGAGAGAUUCCCACAGAAUUAUCCCAACUUUCUCAGCUUCAACUUCUUGAUUUGGCCAGCAAUGGGUUAACUGGAUUCAUCCCAACAACUUUUGCCAACUUAUCAUCCAUGAAACAAGCAAAAACCUUCCCCACAAUAGGGACUUUUAAUUGGAAAAGUGCCCCUUCAAGAGGAUACGAUUAUCCGUUCCCUCUUGAUCAGUCUAGAGACAGAUUUAACAUAUUAUGGAAGGGACAUGAAGAAACUUUUCAAGGAACAGCUAUGUUAAUGACAGGAAUUGAUUUAUCAAGCAAUUCACUUUACGGUGAAAUCCCAAAAGAGCUAACAUACCUUCAGGGCCUCCGGUAUCUAAACUUGUCAAGGAAUGAUCUUUCAGGCAGUAUUCCAGAAAGAAUUGGCAAUUUGAAUAUCUUGGAAUCCCUUGACUUAUCAUGGAAUGAGCUUUCAGGUGUUAUCCCUACAACCAUUGCAAAUAUACCAUGCCUCAGUGUGUUAAAUCUCUCAAAUAACCGCUUAUGGGGAAGCAUACCCACCGGAAGACAACUUCAGACAUUUGUGGAUCCCUCAAUAUAUAGCAACAAUUUGGGCCUUUGUGGCUUCCCUUUGAGAAUAGCCUGCCGGGCAUCUAGAUUGGAUCAGAGAAUUGAAGAUCAUAAAGAACUUGAUAAGUUCUUAUUUUACUCUUUAGUUGUUGGCAUUGUUUUCGGAUUUUGGCUUUGGUUUGGAGCUCUAAUUUUACUUAAGCCAUUAAGAGAUUUUGUUUUUCAUUUUGUUGACCACAUAGAAAGAAGCUAUGCAAAUUGCAGAAGAUGUACGCACUAAGUACUCUUCAGAUGCAAACCAGCAACCAAAUAAUAUACCCCUGUUGCUUUUCCUUGACAGAAUUAUAUAUCAUUGUCAUAAUUUUCAUUUCUCUUCUCUGUCUUGCAUUUACAAGUUUAUUGCUUAGCCAAUGGGAAAAAUAAUAAUACUCCCUCCGUUCCAAAAUGUUUGACGCCGUUGACUUUUUUAAUCAUGUUUGACCGUUCGUCUUAUUUAAAAAAUUUAAGUAUUUUUUAAUUCUUUUCCUAUCAUUUAAUUCAU